GCUCUCCACGCCUUUCUGUUAUUGAGUAACAAUUUGUGGAUGAGAUUAGAAAACAAUGUCAUGCAGUGGAAAUUCAUAUCCGUCUUCGAUGUUAAAUUCGGAUUUUGAUUGAACGAACAGUAUACGGAUCCGAUCAAUAGGUCCAACUACUAUUGCUAUGUAUGUUUCUUUUUUUAAAUUAUGUACUUUUUAUUUUAUUGCUUAGCCUUGUAGCAGUCAAAAUACUGAAUUAAAAACGGUGUGUUACUGUAAUAAUACACACUGAUCUCAUGUGGAUGGUCUUGUCAUCCAUCCUGCCCAUCAUCACGUACUGUAGCAACUCCGUGCAGGAGUGGACAUCACUAAUCCUGUGGAAUCCGUUAGCCGGCACACACAGUUCAUACAAUGGGCAUGGCAGUUAUUGUGUUUUGAGUUACUGUUUACCUUCACCUUUGAUUGCUCCUGCAUUUGGCUGGUUUCCACCUCCUAUCUCUACAGCCGUGUUUGCCUCAAAUGCCUCUCUGGCCAAUUCCACCAAGCAAACACUCACUCUCUCACUGCCUUUGACUGAGGAAGAGGUGACGACUCACUGAAUGGGAGCUAGUGCUGGACAGUCAGACCUUGGGAUACAACAGGAACAGAGCAGCAAUGCACCGAUGGCCAACCCUCCACCGCAUUUGCUGUGAGGUUAGAGAAGUGAGGAGGAGAACGUGAACUGUACUAGAUGCCAUGAUGGAGGACGACCAGCCCAAGUCGAAGCCACCUACAUCUUCUCCCUUGCUGGACCUAGAACACAGUGACGGAGCCUUGCCAGUAACGAACCAUGCAGAGUUCCUGGGUGUGAACCAGAUUCAGGUGGUGGUGAGCCGGAGCUCCACCCCCCAAGUCACGGAGGAGACCUACUUCAUCCCCCGUAACCCGGUGGUGGAUGCGGGCACCAACACCGACCCCCCGGUCAUCUGCUGUGGCAGGCUCCGCCGGGAAUGCCCCUGCCCGCCCCGAGGCCUCCUGUCCUCCCUCAUCACCAAGGUCCUCAUUGCGUUAGUGCUGUUUGGCGUGGUGUGGUCCAUCACAGAGAAGGAGUGUCUGCCGGGGGGGAACCUGUUCGGCAUCACCGUGCUCUUCAUCUGUUCCGUCACCGGGGGAAAACUGGUGGGCCUCAUACAGCUGCCCAAAUUGCCUCCCUUUCCCCCGUUACUGGGUAUGCUAUUGACGGGCUUCCUGCUGCGUAAUAUCCCCGUGGUAACGGACGCCGUGUACAUCGACUUCCGAUGGUCUGCCUCCCUGAGGAACAUUGCCCUCGCUGUCAUCCUGGCCCGAGCAGGCCUGGGAUUGGACGGCUCGGCUCUGAAGAAGCUGAGUAUGGUGUGUGCGCGCGUGGGAAUGGGACCCUGCAUCAUCGAGGCCUGCACCGUCGCCAUCGUCUCCCACUUCCUCAUGGGCUUGCCCUGGAUCUGGGGAUUCAUCCUAGGAUUUGUGCUGGGAGCCGUGUCCCCGGCCGUGGUGGUUCCCUCCAUGCUGCUGCUGCAGAAGGACGGCUACGGCUUGGAGCAGGGCAUCCCUACCCUCCUCAUGGCCGCCGGCAGCUUCGAUGACAUCCUGGCCAUCACCGGCUUCACCACCUGCAUGGGCAUGGCCUUCGCCACCGGAUCCAUGUGGUACAACCUGCUGAGAGGUAUACUGGAGGUGGGAGGGGGAAUGGUAGCUGGGGUACUGCUGGGAUUUCUGCUGCGCUACUUUCCCAGCAAAGACCAGGACAACGUCGUGAUGAAGCGCUCAUUCCUGCUGCUGGGCCUGUCGGUGUUUGCUGUGUUCGGCAGCAACGUGGCUGGCUUCCCCGGCUCGGGGGGCCUCUGCACCCUGGUCCUUGCCUUCCUGGCUGGCCUGGGCUGGAGAAGAUCAAAGGUCCCUGUGGAGGACAUAGUGGGUAUUGCCUGGGAAGUGUUCCAGCCACUGCUCUUUGGCCUGAUCGGGGCUGAGAUCCAAAUCUCAGAGCUGGACAAAAACACUGUCGGCCUGGGCAUAGGCUCUCUGGCCAUUGGUCUGCUGGUGCGUGUUCUCUUCACCUUCAUCUGUGUGCUGUGUGCCGGCUUCAACUUCAAAGAGAAGCUCUUCAUCGCUCUGGCCUGGCUACCCAAAGCCACCGUACAGGCGGCCAUCGGCUCCACAGCGCUGGACAUGGCCCGCACCAAGGAGGAUACAGAGCUGGAGAAGUACGGCAUGGACGUGCUGACAGUGGCCGUGCUCUCCAUCCUGCUCACCGCCCCCAUAGGAGCCCUGGUCAUCGGACUCACAGGACCUCGCCUGCUACAGAAACCAAAGAACCCUGCCUGGGAGCGGGAGCAAAGCGGAACUAUGACCGAGUCCCCAAUCACCUACGAGAGUACCCUCUGAUACCAAACCAACGUCAGUGAUGGGAACCAGGAAGAACACUUCACCAAGGAGGAAAUUACAUGGAUGGAUCAUAGGGAAAAUGGGGGCACUUCAAAGGUGCAUCUAAAUGACAUCCUAUUCUAGUGUAAAAAUGCCAACCUAUUCCCUUGAAAGUGCUGUACUGUAUUGAGAACAGGGUUCCUAUGUCAGACUCUUGUGACACCCAGGAUAUUGCCUUUCGGACAGUGGGGUUUUCAGAGGGCCUUUGCCACUUCAUCUGUCCUUGGUGUGUUUGACACCCUGCCAUGUUUAUUUAUAUCUCCCCUGAGGGUAGUUUUCAGGCCUCGAGCUACAGCUGCCACUCAACCAACAAGCCACGAUAUCCAAGCAUUCUGCACUAUACUGUAACGUUACGAUACAAUGGCUGAAAAUUCAGUAAUGCUACUACUAAAAUUAUACCCGAUCAUUAAAAGUGGUUCGAAGAGUGGAGCCACUGGAAUUGAAUGUGUUUGACAUUGACCAUCAGGCAUAUGUUGUGUUCAUUAUCACACAGUCGUACACUGUAUGUACGCCCUCACAACAUUUUUUGUUGUUGUUGUCCUUAGGCCUUAUGCAUCAAUUUACCAGCUGUUGAUGUUGUAUUCUGUGUGAAUGUAAUGUAUUUGAGAAGUGUGUUGUACUGUGGUUUGAUACAGGGAAAAUAUUAUAUUUAGCGAUGGACGGUUGUUGCUAGCGUGCUAGCUAGACGCAGGACAAAGGCAAGACAGUUUUAUUUAUUGUACGUUUCCAUUUAAGCAAUAUUCAAAUCAUGUGUGCACUAAAUGUGAACGUCACAAAAAAACAUGAAUAAUAUGGGCCCCUAGCUAAGAUAUAUUUAAGACUCGUCUUUAAUGCAAAAUCAGUGUAGCUCAGAUCAUAGCAUCACAUUCCGAGCAAUAUAACUGUAAAAUCAAUGUUUUUCAUUUCAAAUCAUUUGUUUUUAUUAUUUUAUUAUUCAGUAUUUAUAGUUUUGAUUCCAUAAAGAGUUAAUUAUGCAGUUGAUUUAGAUUUUCAUUUUUGUUACGUUUUGUAUGGACUCUUGAAAGGGUCCCUUAGGUUUUUCAGUAGUAAUUUGUGGUGUGAACCAUGUAAAAGUCCUGUAUAGCUUUUGAAACUUGAACUUCAAAAAGCUCAAUGCCAAUUUGAUCUGUUACAAACUAAUUCCAUUAGCAUAUAAACCGUAGGUCUAGCUCAGCCAGAAUAUUAUACCCGGAAAUUAUAUAUUCACACCAGAAAGGAUUUGAUAUUGAGAGAGACAUGUCUGCACUGGCCUUUUAACGAAGGUGGUAGUCUUUUGACACUGUGUAAGAGAACAUGAAGGACACCUUCCUAAUAUUGAGAUGCAUCCCUUCCUUUUUCCCCUCAGAACAGCCUCAAUUUGUCUGGGCAUGGACUCUACAAGGUGUCAAAGUGUUCUACAGGGAUGCUGGCCCAUGUUGACUCCAAUGCUUCCUACAGUUGUUUCAAGUUGGCUGGAAUGUCCAGCACUCAAAAGACAUUCUUGAUACACGCGGGGAAACUGUUGUGUGGAAAAACCCAUCAGCGUUGCAGUUCUUGACACAAACCGGUGCCAUACACUUUUCAAAGGCAACUCACCCUCUGAAUGGCACAAAGUGCAUUCAGAAAGUAUUCAAACCCCUUACUUUCCCAUAUUAUGUUAUUUUACAGCCGUAUAAAGUUGAUUCAAUCAAAAAUCCUCAAUCUACAUACAACCCCAUAAUGAUUGAAACGGGUUAAAACAUUUUGCAAAUUUAUUAAAAAUAGACUUAUUUACGUAAGUAUUCAGACAUGUAAGAAUAUUUUGAAGAUAAAUGUACAACACAGAGGACUAAAGGUCAAGAGGGAAUUAACGAUCAAUGGAAAUAGUGGGUUUUCUGUAAUAGGGCAUUAAUGAUCAAUGGGUCAGAGACAUGGGAGGAAUUUGUCGUCUAUAUGUUGUCUGAAACAGGGUACUUGUUAUUUGGCCAUUGGCCCAGUUUUAUUGCAAGGAAUUCUAAUGUGUCAACCACAGGCUAGGGUUAGGUUAUAAAUUACAUCCUGUCACUUGGUUCUGUGGAGAGAAUCACUCAGGACAGGGGAGAAUGAACAUCUGCCUCUCAGCAUAACAUCUAUGAUUUGUCCUCUUUGAAUAAACCUAUUUUUCUCCGCCUGA